GCCAAGACUGGUUCAUGGCAUUGACACACAGUGGCACUGCUAGAUAUAUAUGAGUCUCCACUUAGGAACUGGCUCCUCGGGUGUGUGCUCACCAUGGCUCGCUGGGAGAUCCUGUGCUUCGCCUUGUACACCUUCCUUGUGGUAGCACAAGCUGCAACCCUGGGUGUGGUGCUCACCGAGGGAGGUUUUGUGGAAGGCGAGAAUAAACGACGGGGACUCUUUGGGGACUACGUUGACGUCUUUAGAGGGAUCCCCUUUGCUGCCCCACCAAAGACUCUGGAAGACCCCAAACCUCAUCCUGGCUGGGAUGGAACACUGCAGACAAAAGAAUUCAAAAAUCGCUGCAUGCAGGUGACACUUACACAAACUGAUGUCCGCGGGAGUGAGGACUGUCUCUAUCUGAACAUCUGGAUCCCUCAGGGGAAGAGACAGGUCUCUACCAACAUGCCAGUGAUGAUCUGGAUCUACGGCGGCGCCUUCCUUCUAGGAGGAAGCCAGGGAGCCAACUUCCUCAAUAAUUACCUUUAUGAUGGUGAGGAGAUCGCUGUGCGGGGCAAUGUGAUCGUGGUGACCAUCAACUAUCGCCUGGGGCCCCUGGGCUUCCUGAGCACUGGAGAUGCAAACUUGCCAGGGAACUAUGGGCUGAAAGACCAGCAGAUGGCUAUUGCCUGGGUGAAGAGAAAUAUCAAGGCCUUUGGGGGUGACCCAGAAAACAUCACCAUCUUUGGGGAAUCAGCUGGUGCUGUCAGUGUCUCCCUGCAGAUGUUGACCCCAAAGAAUAAGGGCCUGUUCAGGAGAGCCAUCAGCCAGAGUGGCGUUGGUCUCUGCAGCUGGGCCAUUCAGAAGAACCCACUCACCUGGGCUAAGGAGCUUGGACAAAGUGUGGGAUGCCCCACAGACAACACCACCGCCUUAGCCAACUGCCUGCGCAUCUCCAACCCCAAAUCUUUGACACUGGCCUACCAUAUGCAGCUGAUCAACCUGCCCUCUCCUGUGGUUCACACGCUUGCCCUCACUCCUGUCAUCGACGGAGACUUCCUCCCAGACAUGCCAGAGAACCUGUUUGCCAAUGCUGCUGACAUUGACUAUAUCGCUGGAGUUAAUAACAUGGAUGGACACAUGUUUGCUGGCAUUGAUUUACCUGUUAUCAAUCGCCCACUUGUGAAAAUCACUGAGGACGAGAUCUAUAAUUUGGUCAAAGGACUUACUUUGGACAGGGGUGAGCGUGGAGCCAAUGAGACCUACAGUGUCUACACACAAGCAUGGGGCAAAAACCCAGAGCAGGAGGCCAUGAAGAAGACAGUGGUGGACCUGAUUACUGACUACAUCUUCCUGAUUCCCACACAGUGGGCACUGAAUCUGCAUCUGCAGAAUGCCCGGAGUGCCAAGACAUACAGCUACUUGUUCUCCCAGCCAUCCCGAAUGCCCAUCUACCCAAGCUGGGUAGGUGCAGACCAUGCUGAUGACCUGCAGUACGUGUUUGGGAAACCCUUUGCCACACCUCUGGGCUACCUGCCCAAGCACAGGACUGUUUCAAAGGCCAUGAUUGCUUACUGGACCAAUUUUGCAAGGACAGGUGAUCCUAACAAAGGGAAUUCAGAGGUGCCCAUUACCUGGCCACCCUAUGCCAGUGAGGGCAGUUACUACCUGGAAAUCAACAACAAGAUGAACCAAAACUCUGUGAAGCAGAAUCUGAAAUCCCAGUAUGUGAACUUCUGGAACUCUGUCUAUCGGAAUCUGCCACUGGCUGCAACAUCACCCUGAGGAACUGCUCAGGAGCAAA